AGACCCAUUGAUCACUGGAAAAUACAACACUCAAUCAUCAACAAACUCAAACUCAUCAUGGACUUCAUCAAGAAAGUGGCCAAGUCGGGCAGCGCUGACAAGGGCGCCAGCGGUGAUCAGGCUGCUGCAGGCAACCAGGACUACGCUGACAAGGCCUUUGACUUUGCCAGCAAGAAGUCGGGACAUAACAUUGACCGCAACACACAAGAGAAGAUCACAGACGGCGGACGAUCUGCCUAUGAAAAGGCAACGGGUUCCAAAGUGUCGGACAAGAUCUCGAACUGAGGUGCAAAGUAGUAGGGCCAUAAAUAAACAUGUUCUCAACUGAUA